GUUAUCAAACCGACUGUUAAAUACAAUCGUCUAUCACGACAUGUCUUUUAAAAUCGUAUUUUAAUAAACCGUUAGUAUUGUAUUGCAAUUUCAUUAAAUCUAUUCAAUUUUUAUUUAACAUACUCCGUUAUUAUUGAAAAAUGAUCUGAACGUUCAUUUCUGAAGACAGUGUCAAUCAUAACCUGAGGCCAUUUCUGUGCAUCAUGGCACCAUUAAAGGACCGUCAGGUGGAGAAACUGUUGGACGAGGCUCUCAAGCACAAUAACUUUCAGGCUUUAGAAAAUUUCCUACAAGAUGAAAGCAAGCUGGACAGCAGUUUUCAAUGUUCCAGACACUUUAUCACUAAACUGGACAAGCUCGUUGUCAGGGAGCUGGACAUUGGACACGUGUUCAAUGUUUGUCUGGUGCUUACCAUUCUACAUAAGUGGAGCGCCACGCUGGUCUUUCCAGGGGGUGGAGGUAUAUCUGUGAUGAUAUCCCAGGGGCUUAUUAGAAAGAUGGUGCAGUGGUUCGAGAGAGCCAGAAAGCUAUGGGCGGAGGCCGGGUCAGCAAGAAAUGAGCUUUUGAUAAAGCUGGCCGAGGACUUCUUUGAUGCGCUUAUGGUUGUUCAUGAAAGUUGUAAAGAGGGUACAUUUGAAGUUACUGAAUCUCUGCUCAGUCUCAUUGGCAAAGUGGCCUCUGAUCCCAAAAUAAACGUCAUGAUCCAGAAAGAGGCAGCAAGGAAACUUAAUCUCAUUCUAGCAAAGAUUCCCAUGGAGCUCAAAAAGAAGAUCUUGAUGUCUAGGGAGGCCUCAACUAUGAUGAGCGAUGUGGCCAGCCGAGUCCUCCAAGGUGGAGACUAUGACCUGCAGGUUUCUUUAAUGGAGGCUCUGUGCAGAAUGACUUCAACAGCUCAGAGGAAUGAACUAGCUGAACGCUGGUUUACCAUGACAUUUGUCUCCUCUGCAUUCAAGAAGAUCAAGGAGUCUGAAUUUGAGACCGAUUGCAGAAGGUUUCUAAAUAUGGUGAAUGGCAUGCUAGGCGAUGGGAAAAGUGUAUAUUCCUACCCUUGUCUGGAGGCAUUUUUGAACAAACAUGAGCUGCUCAUGCCUGUGGAUGAAAACCUUGAGGCGUUCUGGAUUGACUUUAACCUCGGGAGUCAAAGCAUCUCUUUUUACUUCUCUGUGUCUGAUAAGGAUGUCCAGGAUGGCCAGUGGGACACGUUGUGUAUAUCUGAGAUUGAGGUCCACAGUUACACAGUUGAAGAGGAGAAUGGAAGAAAAGUUCUUAACCUGAGUUUGACCGACCCGGUCAGCAUCGGCAGCUUAGAGGGCUCCAGAGUCACCAUCAAAUUCAGCUCCUCUCUUAACAUCCUGCAAGCCACAGAAAAAGUUUAUGGUCCUGCUAAGAACAGGAAGUCUGUUAAGAAGCCUCCCUCUGUUGUGAAAACCCCAGUUCAGGUCAGCCUAUGCUCACAGGAGAGUUCACAGGUUCUUGUCCUUGAAAGUCAAGUGUCAGAUGAGAGAGAGUCAUCAUCUGUAAAACACGGCUAUCUGGGCCAGCCUAACACACAUCUAACACCAGAUAAAAACAAGAUUGUAACCCCAAUGAAAGUAUCUGAGUCUUGCAUGUAUAUCACUGGUAGUGUGGGGCAUAAACAGGGCAGCUGUUCUUCCAGCUGUGUGCUACCUGCAGUGUCUUUGGCGAAGUUAAAACCGGCUCUACAGAUGAUGAGUUCCUCUGAGAGGAAGAGAGAGUUUCAGCUAAGAGAUCUCAUGUUGUCCAGGACAUCUUCCAGUAUUUCUUCACUCAAUAUUCACUGUGAGACCAACCAAAGGCAGACUCACUCGAUUCAAGCACGUUCUGCCCCUGCUGUUCAGAAUGUGGACAAACAGAAAAGUAACAAAGGCAAAUCUAAAGCAGAAAAACACCAGAAGAUUACUGUUGACAAAGUGUUAGAGAUGAAGCAAGCCGACCAACAACAUGAACGGGAGAUCAUGGAUAGCAACAUAGUCCCAGACACCCAACCUGCGGUGAGGAAAAGGAAAUUCUCUGUGUCUGGACCACUGUUUGCUUUGCCAAAAGACUGCUCGGGUAGCCGGUCUAUAUCAAAUGGAGAUUCUCUCCCUCCUCCUCAGCGUCUGUCCCCUGCCCAGCGUGCGUUCAGAACCCUGACCCAGAAGCAGCUGCACACCCAGCUCACCCAGAGACUGGAGGAGGUGCUGAGGGACCAGGGUCCAGAUGUCCACACGACCACAGACAGGAAAGCCUCCUCACUGGAUCCCUGUGCUACAGGUCAGGGGAAGGAGAACGCGAAAUCAUCUAUGAGGUCAACACCCGCUAGACCUGCGCAGCAGAGCAGGAGGGUUCAAGACAAGGCUUUAUACUCAGACAAAGAGAAUAAGAGGCCUACAGCAGACAGUAUGGUGAAGAUGAUAUCCAGUCAUUACAAGAAAACUAGCAAAGCAGUAUCCCCUGUGGCCAGUGCCCAGCUUAACAUUGCACCUACAAACAGAUAUCUGUUCAAUAAAAGCUGGUGUCCAUCCUCCACUGAGAAAACUGCUGCCAGGAGUCUCAAAAUACUGGGACAAUCCAAGAAGCCAAACCAGGACAUCGAUGAUGUUUAUGCAUUUAAAGAGGACACAUCAAACAUUAACGUGAAAAAGACUAGGAAGCCGUCUGAGACAUCCAGAAUGGACAGCAGUACACUUAGUUACUCUCCCGCUUGCACGAAGUCUGUUUCGAGACCUCAGCCUCCGAAGGCUCUUACUAAAAACAUGAAGAAAAAUCUGUUUAGCGAUACAGACACGGAUAAUAUGACCGAGGUCAGCUGGCUCAACUCGGCCAACAGGAAACCCAAACCUAAAGUGGCAGACUAUAGCAGGCAGCCAGUCAAACCCACCGUCCCACAAGCCAACUCUUCAUUUAAAUCUCCAUAUACACCCUUAUCUUCACCAAAGCCAAUGGGGAAGCAAAUCAGGCCAAAGCAGAAGAGGCACAGAAAAGUGGUUGAACGGCAGGAGGAUAAACUUCAGGGUCGCAUCGGUAACGGCAAACCCUCAGCAAGACCUCAUAGAGCUGCAGCCCAGACCAAAACCUACAAAGAGCAAUCUGACUCUGACCACCAGUCCAGCCAAUCAGAGAGCGAAAAGCCCCCACCACCUAAGAAAAAGGCAUUGGGGCUAACAGCGAAGCUUCCUCAAACCGUCCCAGCUCAAACGACAGGACGAGGACAAAGGACCAAAGAACACAGCAAGAUAAGCGAAAAGAAAGGCAACGAUUCAAGCAGGAAGGAUCACAGUCCAGGGCAUCGGAUUGUGAAGAAGACCCCAUCCGCUCAGGGACAUAAACAUUCCUGGAUGGCGAGAUUGUCUUCCACGUUUGCCUCGCCUCCCUCCAUCGAAAGGAUGAGAUCAGAUGAAAAACUAACCACAAAGAUGAGAUCCAAUACUACACCCCUGCGUUCUCUGUCCAUCUCUCCAAUUGAACCUGACUCUCCUCCACCAGCCUCGCUCAGUCCCGUCAGAGACGUUCAGGCCUCAUUGUGUAAGACACUGGGGAUUAAAGGUGCUGUUAAACCUCCCUCUGUCUCCACAACAACACCUGUUUCCACAUCCACCAGAGGCUCGAAGCAGAAGCCACCUGCUCCUCUGCAGGUUGAACUUAGUCCGGUCCACUCAUUACUGAGCCCAACUGGGCCCCCCAUCACCCCCACGGGGAAAGAGAAAUCCACUCUGUCCUCUUCACUCAUAUCAGCAGACCUCCAGGAGGAGCAGAGAGGCGUCGUGAACAGGACCAGUCCAGCAUCUUUUGACAGGAGCUCCAUCAUUUCUGUAACAAUGAGUCAGUCUUCGCACAUAUCUGUGAGCAACACGGCCUUGAUCCGCACCGAUCUGGAGAAGACACCAGCAUGCCUAAAGAGAUUUAUGGAUAAGAUGCCUGAGUUCAAGUCAGGUCCGUCAGUCAUCUACAAGCCUCCCAGCUCGUGCCACUCCGCUAGUCUAUCAAAAAGAGAAGAGGACAGUGAGGAAGACAAAGAAAACAGACCUCCCUCGCCCUCCCAGCUAGCUAUGAAAAUGAAGCAGAGAAAGCUUUUCAAGUCAAACGAUAAAUGUGUCAAAGUCAAACAACCUGUUAACAGUAAGAGGAGCUCAGAAGAAGAAGAAGUGGAGGAGACGGUCGCAGAUAAUGGACGAAGAAAGAAAAGCUACCCAAGAGGCCAGAAUAAAAGAGCCAGAGAAACAACUACAUCCACUGAAGAUGUGGAGACAGUUUCAUCUUAUAUGAAGUCGAGAUGCGUGCAGUCUGUCGUGGAGGAAGAUUCAGAGCUGACACAGCCUGCUCAGGAGGUGGGCUUUAUCUGCCAUCAGUUCAGCUCAGAGCUUAAGAGGAAGAUCAAGCAUCGCUCCAGGAGAAUGGAUCUUUACACCAGGCAGUCUUUAAAGACAUUUCAGCAGCAUAUGUUCUCCGUCAGAGUCCAAGUACAUCAGUACAGUUCACAGAAGCUGGAGAAGGUAAAACAAGUCCUGUUGGGUGAAAUUAAAAACCUGGAGCAGGAUGACAUUUCUCUGAGGAACAUGGAGGAGGAACUGAUGACGUACUGGAAAAAGCAAGCCUCGGCUUUUCACACAUACCAAGAGAAAGCAACCAAGAGACAGCAGCAUUUGAAAAACACGAUUCAGACCGAUGUGUGCGAUGGCUUACAGUAUGAGGACGAAAUCUUCUCAUCUGAGAUGUAUUCAAUGAAGAAAAACUUGAAGGCAGUUCAGGAGCGCUUUUUCAAUGAAAUGCAAGAGGAAGAGUUGUUGAAUGUGAGAAGAGGACUUCAAACCUUGUUCCUCCAAGAUGCAUCCAGAUUCUGACCUGAGAAACAACGCGACUGCUGUAUUUUAGAUGUUCUUAAAACAUGUUUACAUGCUUAAAUAUUACAAAUGUUACGUUCUUUUAAAGCAGUAUUCUUUUUAACUGGUUGAAUAUUUGUACUCUUCUCUAGAAAAAAAAUAGUUUUCUUGCAUAUUUAUACGAUUUUAAAUUUAACAAGAGUUGGAAUAAGUAAUGUUAGAAAAGUUACAAGAUUAUUUAUUUGUGGGUUGUUAAACUUCUUUCAGCACCAUCAGAUAUAUUUGUGUGAAAAGUUAAACAAGGAAAAUAUUAGUUUGACUGUACAAAUAUGUCAUACAGUAUAUUCACAGCAUAAAUCUGACAAGAAUGAAAGCUGUUUUCUCUAGUAUAAAGUUUUAAAGAUUCUCAAGAUUCUUUACCAGCAAGAGCCGGUAAAUUGGGUUUAACUUAUGUAACAGAGAGCGAUGUUAGUUAGCAGGCACUCAUUUAACACACAUAAUUUCGAGAAUGUUUUAACAUUAUAAUAUUAGAUUGUGUGACUUAAAUGCAUUAUUUCAUUCACGUCCUUUGUAAAUGCUGAUUACAGAUAAGAGAAUAAGUUAUGUGGGAUGUAAUGUUUGUGAAAAAGCUACAGAUACCAGUGUUAGUUUUUCCAUGUUGGACGUAUGAGAAUAAAUAUUUUUGUCUGAC